AUGUCGGAGGCGGCGGCGGGGGGGAUGGCGGCGGUGAUGGUGGAGGCGCGGCUGCGGCGAAAGCAGCUGCUGAGCUCGGAGGAGGCGGAGCUGUUCGAGCUGGCGCAGGCGGCGGGCAGCGGGUUGGACCCGGAGGUGUUCCGGGUGGUGCUGGACCUGCUGCGCAUGAACGUGGCGCCGCUCGCCGUUUUCCAGGUGCUCAAGUCUAUGUGCGCUGGGCAGCGGCUGCCGCCUGCACCCGAGGCCGGACCCGUCGCGCCGGCGCCGCUGCCCGCCGACACCCGAGGGAGAAACAAAAGCAAUUCUGGAGCCAGUGGGAGCCAGGCUCUGGCAGAGAGGAGCGGCCGGGAAGGAUCUGCCCAGAGGAUGCCUCGGCAGCCCAGUUCCAGCCGGAUGCAGAAAGCAGCAGCUCCUGGGAAGAGCAGUGGGGGAGGCAGCAGCAGCUAGCUGAGGCCUUGGGACACUGUG